AUGUACACUUGGUACAGAGACGCAGUAGCAUGCUACGCUUUUUCGGAAGAUCUGAAAUUCAACGCAAACUUCAAGCCCUUCCCGGUAGCUGCGUAUGUGUCUCCCGCCAAUGACGAGGAGUCGUCGUCAAAUGGCUCAUAUGCACCUCGCAGGUGUGCGAGUGCCCCAGAAAAUCUUUCAAAUCCGUCUUCGCUCAUGUCACGACAAGGCACGUCGCGAAUUAUCUUCCGUCUACCUCCGAAGUCCAGAUGGUCCCAACGUGAAUGGACGUUGCAAGAAUCGUUAGCGCCUCAGACGGUAUUCUCUUUUGAUGCUAGGCUCACGUUUCUGGGCCGAAAACGCGGUCAAUGGUCUAAUGGAUCACGCAGUCAGGGGCAGAAAUAUGGCGAAGACCGACCAUACUAG